AUGAUGUUGAUUCCAUUGCUGCUAUGGGCUAUGGUAGCCAACGGAGCAACUCAAAUUAUCACCCUCAACCCGGGUCAGGUUCAAGGCUUCACCUACACAACAAGCAGUGGUGAUGUUGCCGAGAUAUACUUGGGAAUACCCUAUGCUGCUCCUCCAGUCGGUGAUCGCCGAUUUGAGAAACCAGCUACAGUAACCCCAUGGGAUACAGUACGUAACGGCAGAGCAUUUGGAUUCUCUUGUCAUCCACACACGCGCGAAGCUGUACAGCCUGUAGCAUCUAACGAAGAUUGCUUGACUCUCAACAUUAUUCGUCCGCAAAAGCAGGCUCCACCGGAAGGGUUCCCGAUACUAUUUUGGGUGCAUGGUGGAGGCUAUGAAGUCGGAGCGUCAAGCGCUUUUGGCUACGAGGGUUUUGCCGAUAUCUAUGUGCCAAAUGACGUCAUCUCUGUUACAAUACAGUAUCGCACUGGAGUGUACGGUUUCUUCUCCACUGGUGAUUCACGCAUUCCGGGUAACCUUGGGUUGUUCGACAUGGCAGCUGCACUCAAGUUUGUCUAUGACAAUGCACCAAACUUCGGUGGUGAUCGCACUCGUAUAACUGUAUGGGGUCUGAGUGCAGGAGGUGCCGCGGCUGGUCAGCUGGCUCUGAGCCCUGUCUCAAGAAAUUAUGUUGCUGGUUCGAUCGAGAUGUCCGGUUCACCAUGGGUUUACUGGGCUAUGGGGCCAAAUGUGGCCAAACACUCAGUAGAGCUUGCAAAGGAACUGAACUGUACUGGAGAUGACCUCAAAAGAUGCAUGAAAUCAAAGUCCGUGGAUCAAAUAUAUGAUGCCGUUCUUGAUGUGGGGUACACCCAAUCCACAUUGGAUAGUGUCAAAUGGGGUCCAGUUCUUGAUGGGGAGUUCUUGACAUAUCCAGACGAAAUGGUCACGAAGGCUCCUCCAAAACCUUCCAUAGUUGGUGUUGGCGAUAAGGAUGGAACAUUCUUUACGUUGAAAUGGUUAUCGCCCUACAUUCACAUGUACGGAUUGAGUCCGUCCGACUACAGGAGAUUCGACAAAAAUAGCCUGGUCGACUUUUUGAAGAGAAUGAUUCGUCCUGACUUUUACGGCAAUGAAACAGAAAAUGUUUACAAGGCAGCAAAGAAAUACUAUGUAGAUCGAGGUGAUGAUUCAACCUGGGAAUUUUAUUUGGAUCGAUACACAGAGGUGUUCCUCACUGACGUCACAUUCAACGUGCCGCUCAUAGAUGAGGUCGUUGCACGACGUCGUUACGGAUCAAAGAUGUACGUGUACUCUUUUGAUCACUACAAUGAUGCGAUUUGGAGUGAUGAUGUGCCAGUGAGACUACGAGGAUCACCCCACGUGAACGAAUACCCGUACAUGUUUGGAGUAUAUGCACUCGGCAAUUUCAGCAUGACUGGCAAGGAACGUACUGUGGCCGAUGUGGUUCAGCAGUCUUUCAUAAGUUUUGCAAAAACUGGUAUUCCCACCAACAAUCUCUCAGCGUGGGAUGAAGCUGGAGAGGAUCUUCGUUACUUAAGUAUCUCGCCAUAUCCACAGAUGAAAAACGCUUUUGAUCAAGGCGAAUUUGAUAAAUGA